CCAAUUGAGGAAGGCAGCGCAGAUGGCCGCGGUCGCCGUCCCCGCGGUCACGCCCCCCCUCGGGGCGCCCCCCGCCAAGUUCGAGCCCCCCCCGCCCGUCGUGUCCGCGUCGGAGGAGAGCAACGACGGCGACAAUUCCACGGAAAACGGGGCCACGGACGCCGGCGCCCCCGAGGCGGCGACGUCGUCGUCCGGGCGCGUGACGCGCCUGAGCCGGCGCGCCGCCGAGUCCCUCGAGUCCGGGGAAGGCGGCGGGGACGCCCCGGAGCCCCCCGCCGGGGGCGACGGCGCGCCGAAGGCGCCGCCGGCGAAGAAGCAGCGGCCCGACCAGCGCCGCGGCAAGUGGACGGCCCCCGAGGAGGCCUACGCGUCGCUCGUCAUCGACCACUUCAUCAACGGCAAGGCGCCGGGCUGCACGGGGGGCGAGUCGCUACGCGCGCUCCUCGCGGGCCUCCUCCGGUGCACGCCGAUGCGCAUCACGAAGAAGUUCAGCCGGACGCGCAUGAUCGGCAAGAGCUCGUUCAAGAAGACGAGCGAGCUCACGGCCCAGGAGCGCGUCGAGCUCGACGCGGCGCGGUCCGCCUUCCUCAAGAUGGGCGGCCACAAGGAGAGCCGGAAGCGGCCGCGGUCCGACGCGGACGCCGCGCAGCACGACUGGCUCACGAGCGGCUGCGACCCGACGGCCUGGCAGUUCGAGGACGCGCCGGACCACAGCCUCCACGGCGGCGUCCUCGACCUGAGCCUCCAGUCCGCGUCCCUCUCCGGCUCGCGGUCCUGGAGCCAGUCGAACCGGACCGUCCGCGUGGCCGUCGCGCCGACGGCGUGCGGCUACGCGACCAAGGAGGGCAAGACCUGCGUCCGCGUCGUCUGCAAGAGCGACCCGAACCUCCUCGCCGUCGUCGGCGGCGUCUUCGCGCGCCACCGCGCCUUCAUCGCGACGCUCCACGUCGACACGGACCCGAAUCUCGUCGCGAACGUCCGCGCGGAGCUCAAGACGUGCGCGACGGGCGAGCCCCUGCCGCGCGACCAGCUCGCGACCCUCGAGCGCGCCCUCAUCGCGGCGCUGUCGCCGGCGGCGCCGACGCUCUCGGCGAGCCCCGCGGCGCUCUCGGCCGCGUCCAUUUCCGCGGCGUCGUCGCUCCUGUCCGUGUCGACGGCGACGGCGUCGGGCCCGCCCGUCCGCGGCCCGCCGCCGCCGGCGGCGGACCGGCCCCGCGCCGUCUCCGCCGAGGCCGCGUCGGAGACGGCGGCGGAACUCGUCGCCCUCGCGCGCGCGGCCGCGGAGCCCGCGCGCGGCCCGCCGCCGCAAAAGGCGCCGCCGCGGCCCGCCGCCGUCGCGCCGCAGGAGUUCAAGGGCAAGGACUUCUUCAAGGUCCACCAGCCGCCGAAGAUCGUGCCCCUGACGCCCGCGGAGCUCAAGAACGUCCUCUCGGGCCUCCAGUAGCCCGAGACGCCCGCAAGAAAAUCAUACCGAAUUCACGCCGGAAUUUCAAGGAAGUAGCCGCCGCCCGGAGCGCGCCGACGAGUACCCCAAAUUGCACAUACACACCCUCGUCCGGCGCCCACCCGAGCCGCCGCCGUUUGAAAUUGCGGCCUUUACACGCUGGGACCUCGCUGUCCCGCGCCCUCGACCCCCUUGCCUGCUCGCGUCGCGGCCCGCGCCCACACCGCGCCCGCCGCCGCCCUGUUGUCCCUGUUGUUCACUGUUGUUGAACUCACAUCGUAAUCACAUGUCUGACAAG